AUGGCGGCUGAGGAAGCAGUGGCGGCGGAAAGGCUGAAGUUGGCAAUCAUGACGAAGAGGCUGGAAGCGUUGCAGGUUGAGAUGCGCUUGAGGCUGGCGGAGGUGGCAAAGGCGCAGUGCCCUGUGUUAGAAUCCGGUGAUUAUGCCGGCGGGAGCGCAGGGGGGUACAAAGAAGGCUUCAGUGCCGAGCAGUUGUCAACAUAUGGUACGGAUCUGGGCGCCGCUGACGGGCCUCCCGCGUUGGACGGCAGGGCGGUCCAGGGAGAUUCUAUUGAGGCGACAGGAUCCUGUCGCGAGGUUGCGGCGCCCGGGAGAGAGGAGACGGGAACGGGGACACUCAAGAGGAGCGCGUGGAGGGGACUGAAGAACAAAUAG